GGACACGUGAAGCCAGUGUUCCCGUACAUCAGUGAUGCCGGAGCCACACAUCCGGAGGCGGCCUUCUUCUCCAUACUAUUAUAUUUAGAGGGCUUUCUCAUUGCAGUGAUGGGUUGGAUCCGUUUCAAGCAAAUCCGAUAUAUUGUGCACAAUAUGCCAAAACCAAACCAAAAUAAUAACAAUAAUAGCUUAACAAUUGAUGAGAACGAUAUGACCAAGAUCACUAAAUACAAUAAAUACGUGAUAUUGUCGUGGUUUGACGUCAAUAUACCCUAUAGUGAGUUAAGGGGUCCGACGAGACUCAUGUGGGACGAAUCAACCGGUGGAUACGUGGGUCAUGUGAUCAGUACUGUCACCGAGAAUCUCAUGAUAUUCAUGAUGUGUCCCUUUUAUGCCUCAUUUGUUCACGAAUUCACCAGAAUUCAGGCCCACAACGGAAGACUUAAGUUUGCUUUCAGUGAAAGUCAAUAG